AAAAUGAAGUUGAAUUAUGUAGUGAAUGUAAACAACCAUAUAUUGAUUACCAGUGGUGCCAACAAUGUAGUACUAAACGAUUUCAACAAGAUUUUUCAAAGUGGACAAGUAAUAAUAAAGUUAUUGAUAAAUUUAUUCAAGAAGCACAACUGAAUGCUAAAAAUAGUUACGAAAUUUUAGAGUGGAUACCUUAUAACAAAUUAUCAAAUAUUAAUUAUCAUGAUAAAGGAGGAUUUGGUGAAAUUUAUAAAGCUAUCUGG